CACUUUCUCAAGCGUUUCAAGUCCAAAAAUUCAGAGAAAGCUGCUCAUUUUCGUUUCUUUUCCCAUCUCCUUCAUCGCUACAACUCACAAGUAACCAUGGACACACUCGUUGCUCAGCUGCAGAGACAAUUUCGUGAUUACACAAUUUCCCUCUAUCACCAGGGGUUUCUGGAUGAUCAGUUCACUGAAUUGAAAAAGCUGCAAGAUGAAUGCAGCCCUGAUUUUGUGGCUGAGGUUGUUUCUCUCUUCUUUGAAGACUGUGAGAAGCUUAUCGGUAACAUGGCUAGAGCUCUAGAUCAGACAGGAAACGUAGAUUUCAAUCUGGUAGGUUCUAGUGUUCAUCAACUCAAAGGUAGCAGCUCAAGUGUUGGUGCCAAAAGGGUCAAAGGUCUUUGUGUUACCUUCAAGGAGUGUUGUGACUCUCAGAACUUUGAAGGGUGUGUAAGAUGUUUGCAGCAGGUGGAUAUUGAGUACAAGUCAUUAAAGGCAAAGCUUCAAGACUUGUUCAGUCUUGAGCAGCAGAUUGUCCAAGCUGGUGGUAGAAUCCCUCAGGUUGAUAUAUAAGAUACUUGCCGACGACAGAACAUGAAAUUGAUCAAUGAGAGUGAUGAUGAAUGAUGAUUUGCAUUCUCAGGAUUUUAUUGUUUAGUUAAAACUCUUACAAAUGUGUGGAAAAGACUGGUGAUUGUUGUUGUUAGAUCAGUACUAUGUAACUUUAUCAAUCGCUUUGGUUUGAUGACCCUUGAUCCUAAUAUAUAAUCUGAAUCGUUUGCUAU